AUGUGCGGUGGUCCGGAGAAAUCAAAAUCUCCUUCAACUCCAUCAUCAUCUGCUGUAGAAGGUUCAACUAACGCCAAAGACAUGAAAAAUAUAACUGUACCUGCUGAAGAUUCUUUUUCCUGCUUACUUGAGCUUGCUUCUAACAAUGAUUUUGAAGAUUUCAAGCUAGCUUUAGAUAGUGAUGUUUCUCUAAUAAAUGAAGUUGGCCUCUGGUAUGUCCGCCAGAUUGGAUCCAAACAAAUUGUUCUGGAGCAGCGAACUCCUUUAAUGGUCGCUGCCAUGUAUGGGAGUAUAGAUGUUCUAAAACUUAUACUCUCGUGUCCGGAGGCUGAUGUCAAUUUCUCCUGUGGGACAGAUAAAAGCACUGCUCUUCAUUGUGCUGCAUCAGGUGGUUCUGUUAAUGCAGUUGAUGUUGUGAAAUUGCUCUUAUCGUCUGGUGCUGACAUCAGUUGUGUGGAUUCUAAGGGAAAUCGUCCUGUUGAUGUCAUUGUUGUUCCUCCUAAGCUUGAAGGUUUGAAGGCAAGUCUUGAAGAUCUGCUUUCAGAUAGUGCGUGUGAUGGGUCUCUUGGUGAAUGUUUUAUUCCAGUAUCAGCUAAUUCAUCAUGUUCUGAUUCAGCCGCUCAUUUAUUAUCACCUGAAAAUGGGUUGCCAUCCUCUCCUAUGGCGUCCAAGGGUACAGAUAUAGCUGUCAAUUCCGCUUCCGAGAAGAAAGAAUAUCCAAUUGAUCCAUCACUUCCUGAUAUAAAGAACAGUAUUUAUGCAACAGAUGAGUUUCGCAUGUUUUCAUUCAAGGUGCGACCUUGUUCCCGUGCAUACUCUCAUGAUUGGACUGAAUGUCCUUUUGUUCAUCCAGGAGAGAAUGCUCGUAGACGAGACCCAAGAAAGUUCCAUUACAGUUGUGUGCCAUGCCCAGAGUUUAGAAAGGGGGCUUGUAGACGUGGGGACAUGUGUGAAUAUGCUCAUGGAGUAUUUGAGUGCUGGCUGCAUCCGGCCCAAUAUCGGACAAGGCUGUGCAAAGAUGGCACUAGUUGCAAUAGAAGAGUAUGUUUUUUUGCCCACACAGCAGAAGAGCUGCGUCCAUUGUACGUGUCAACUGGAUCUGCCGUUCCUUCACCCCGUUCAUCUGCUUCUACUCCUAAUGUCAUGGACAUGGCUGCUGCAAUGAGCCUGUUUCCUGGUUCGCCAUCAUCACUUUCUGCUAUGUCACCAUCUCCCUUUGCUCAACCAAUGUCUCCGUCUACAAGUGGCAUUUCUCACUCAUCUGCUACUUGGCCACAGCCAAAUGUUCCAGCUCUUCAUUUACCAGGAAGCAAUAUUCAAACUAGUCGAUUAAGAUCUUCUCUUAAUGCUCGUGACAUGCCACCUGAAGACUUGGAUGUGUUGCAAGAUUUUGAUGGUCAGCAACACCUUUUAAAUGACAUGAGCUGUUUCUCUCAGCCCCGUCCUGGUGCCAUUUCAGUUAAUCGAUCUGGUCGGUCUAAGACACUAACUCCAUCAAAUCUUGAUGAUCUAUUUUCUGCUGAAAUUUCUUCAUCUCCCAGGUAUUCUGACCCAGCAGCGGGUUGUGUAUUUUCCCCAACACACAAAUCUGCUGUUUUGAAUCAGUUUCAACAACUUCAAAGUUCGUUAUCACCAAUAAAUACAAGUGUCUCAUCUCCUAGGAAUAUUGAGCAUCCUCUUUUACAGGCUUCAUUUGGUGUUUCUUCUCCUGGAAGGAUGUCACCAAGAAGUUUGGAACCAAUCUCUCCAAUGAGUGCCCGAUUAACGACAUUUGCACAGUGGGACAAACAGCAGCAGCAGCAGCUGCGGAGCCUUAGUUCAAGGGAUCUUGGUGCCCACAAUCCUGUCUCAGUUGUUGGGUCCUCAGUUAACUCCUGGUCUAAUUGGGGUUCUCCUCACGGGAAUGGAAAGGUAGAUUGGUCGGUAAAUGGAAAUGAGCUAGGUCGAUUGCAAAGGUCAUCCUCAUUUGAGCUUGGAAUCAAUGGGGAAGAGCCUGAUCUAUCCUGGGUUCAAACCCUUGUGAAGGAAUCUCCAUCCGAGGUAAAAGAGAAGUUGGCAGGUUCUUUGCCUGUUGCAUCUGCAGAUGGACAGAAUUCCAAUUCUCAAGUUGAGUCUAUUGAUCACUCUGUUCUAGGAGCAUGGCUUGAGCAAAUGCAACUGGAUCAGCUUGUAGUCUAA